AUGUGGCUUAUAGAUGGAGUAAAAGCACCACAAGAAACAGUCUGUGAUUUCUCUAUGGCUCUUUUAGGUGGAAUAACUAAAGCAUUUUGUGAUGGAAUGGCACUUCAUGCCUACGUGGACACAUGCCUGGUUAUAUUAAAAGGAAGAACAAAUACUCAUCAUAAUAUGUUAAAAUGUUAUGGGCGAAUUGAUAUAGCGCAUCUUAUUAAGCUCGUAUGCCGAUGGAAAUGUUGGAAUCGAAUAAGGACACCACACCUUAAGGCGGUUGAAAGUGAACCGUUUUUAAGGGGUUGA